AUGUCUUCUUCAGGAAAAGAUAUAAUUGAAGCCAUCGAAGAAUCUUUAUUUUCCACCGUCAGUUCAAAUGAAACAUUAGUCGACUUUCCAAAAUCAAUUGAUUCAAGUUUUGGAAAUAAAGAACAAUCAUCAUCAUCAUCAAAAGUUCCAAAAAUAACUUUAGAAUAUAUUGACGAAGAAAAAAUUUCAGAUUUUCUUCCUGGUUCUUCUUCUUCGGUGCUUAAAAACAGCAAUAAAAUAAUAGAUGAUAGUAGACCAUUUAGUACUUCAGUUAAUACUAGUUUUGAUCCAGAUGAUAUUCCACCAAUCUACACUGAUAGAAAAAAAUCCAUUUACAAACCUGUACAAAAACCACCAAUGACAAUAACCAAAACUUCUAUACUCCAUAUUUUUCGUUUUGCAACACGAUUGGAUCACUUAAUCAUGACUUUUGGCAUUUUUUUCAGUAUCACAAAUGGUCUAGUAAUACCAUUCAUGACCUAUUUACUAGGUGACUUAUUCAAUGUAUUCACAGAAAUAGAACAAGGUAGUAUAGGUGAAGAUGAAUUCAAACAACGCGUCAAUAUUCUAGUGUUAAAUUUUGUUGAAUUGGGUAUAGGUGCUUUCGGCAUCACAGCUAUAAACACUUUCUUAUGGAUGUGGACUGCUGAAAGACAAGCUAGACGCAUGAAACUAGAAUAUUUUAAUUCAUUGCUAGAAAUGCCAAUAAGUUAUUUUGAAAGAGAAGAAGUCACUUCAGGUGGUUUAUUGGCUGGUGUUAAUAAAGAUACCGAAGAUGUGCAUAUUGUGAUUGCCACAAACCUUGGACUUAUAAUUUGCUACAUAAUAACCUUCAUUGCAUGUCUUGCCUUGGCAUUUAGUAAGCAUGUGGUCUUGACAUUUGUCAUCUUAGCUUCGAUGCCUCUAGUUUUUCUGGUUUUAGCAUUGACAUCUCGUGCAGCUUCUCCUUUAAUCAAGCAAGAACGUGACAUUUUUGUAUUGGCUGGUGAAAUAAUAGAAAGUUCUUUGUCAAAUAUAAAAACAAUUAGAUCAUUUAAUGGUGAAGAAAAGCAAGAAAAGAAACAUGAAGUUUGUAUCAAAGAAGCGAAUAAAGUAUCAUCAAAUCUUGCUUGGAUAUAUGCCCUAAGAACUGGAUUAAUACAAUUUCUGUUACUGUCUUUGUUUGUCCAAGGUUUUUGGUACGGUUCAAUUUUAGUGGCUGAUGGCAAUCUUACACCAGGUGACGUCUUGUCAGUUUUCUACGCUACACUUUUGGGUGCCAAUAUGCUGAAAAGUGUAUUACCUCUUUUGGUCUCUAUUACAAAAGCAAAGAAUGGUAUACGUUCUAUAAACAAUUUAUUGGAAAAGGUGGCUUUAAAAAGAUUAGAAGCUCUUAGAGGUUUUUCCUUGCCAUCAAUUAAGGGUGACAUAGAAUUCUAUCAGGCAUCCAGUGCUCUUGAUAUGACUUCGGAUAUGUUGGUUCAACAAGCUCUUGAAAAUUCUAGUAAUGGCAGAACUACAAUAGUGAUAACUCAUCAAUUGAAACAUAUUAGAGAAGAUGACCUGGUAUAUGUACUUCAUGAUGGCGAAGUUGUAGAAAAGGGAUUGGUAGCUGAUCUUCUUGAGAUCAAAGAUAGUUAUUAUAGUAAAUUAUUAAAAGAAUCCUACAAAAAUCCACAUCCAAAACGAAGAACCCACGAAUUGAAUAUUCAAGUUGGUUGGAGAAAGUCGGUGUACGAGGAUUAUUUCGAGUCAAGUGCUAUGGAUGUUUUACAAGGUACAGCUACAGCCGCAAUAACUAAAAGAUAUGAGAAUAGGGUUUCGUAUUUUGACCUUUUAAGUUAUUAUGAUUAUGUUGAUGAUGGUGGUAUAAUAGACGUGAUUGUCACGAAUGCAAUCGGUGAUGCACCAAAAGACAAUGUAAAAAUGAAAUUUUUCCAGCUCAUGAAAUUAACGAUGAAUAAUAAAACUUUAUAUGCCUUUGGUCUGAUUGCAUGUAUUAUCAAUGGACUUGUAAUGCCAGUAUUUUCAUUUGUUCUUGCUAAAUUGCUGGCUACAUAUUCAAUUAGCGACAGUGAGCAAUUAAUUGCUAAUUCAAGAAACCUUGCACUAACUGUGUUGGCAAUAGCUGCUAUAAAUGGUGGAUCAGCUCAUUUUAAAUAUUUUUUACUCGAGAGAGCCUCAGAAGAUUGGGCGGUUCGUUUAAGGCAUUUAGGAUUUGGAACAAUUCUUAGACAAUCUCAAUCAUGGUUUGAUAAGCCGGAAAAUGUAACAGGAAAACUUACUACAAUUUUAACUACUGAUACUGAAGCAACUAAGAACCUAAUUGGACAUUUUGCAGGAAGUAUUGUUUAUGGUACUGUGACACUUGUUGGUGGUAUGAUAUGGUCAAUAAUAGUUGGUUGGCAAUUGACAUUGGUUGGAUUUGGAUUUGUACCAAUUUUGUUACUAGGAUCAGAAAUUCAAGUCUAUGUUCUACAAAAAUAUGAACGUAUGCAAAAAAGUUCAUACGAAAAUGCUUCUAAUGUUUUCUAUCAAACAAUCUCUAGUGUAAGAACAGUAUUUUGUCUUGCGGUUGAAAAUGCCAUGUUGCUUAAAUUUCACGAUUCACUUCGUAGGCCUUAUAUAAUUGGUAUACGUAAAGCAGUUAUAUCAGCAUUGACAGCAGGUUUUAUCGAAGGCCUAUCCUACUUGACUAAAGCUGUGACAUUUUGGUAUGGUGCACAGCUUGUUGCCAAUGGAACUUAUAAUCUUAGUACAAUGCUCACAGUAUGGACGUUAGUUGUUUUUUGUACAUCAUCAGCAACACAAAUGCUUGCAACCAUUCCUUAUUAUGCUAAAAGUAAACAAGCAGCUAAAUCCAUAUCAAAAAUAAUUAAUUUGCCAACUCUACCCACCACAACUGGAAAAAUACUUGAGUCAUUACAAGGAACCAUU